AUGGCGCACCGCGCAUCGAUCGUCGACCCCACUCGUGGUCCGAGUGGAAGGCGUUAUCUCAUCAUGGCUUACGAAGAGCGUGUCACGUAUGAAGCCAUUCAAGUUGGGCUACAGCACGAGUUCGAACGUGAAGGCGAGGAGUUUCUUGACGGCAAGAAGGCUCGCCUGUUUUUCGUCCAGCUCCCCAGUGGCCGCUAUGUUUUAUUGGUCAAAGCUCACAACCCGGAUUCUGAGGCCGAGGGCAGAUUCCACAAGCUGAUCUUGACGGAGAACACCUUCUUCACGUUCACCGAGAGCCGCGCCACCAAGCAAUGGCUGCAGGGCAAAUUUUCGUUCACUAUCAAGUUCAACAGCAGCAAUGCUCUGUGGACUCUGAUCAGAUGUGUGCACCACGCGCGCCAGACCGCCGUCGACAACACUGCCCAGGACACUGCUGAGGACGAAGUCGAUGCUCUCGAAGUUAGACUGAAGCAUCUGGAGGAGAUCGCUUUCACUUCUAGCUUAGAAGCCAUGACGUCGGACCUCGAUCACUAA